AUGAAACAAUGUCUCGGCAGAUUAUAUAGUAUCUACUUAGCCACACCCAAGGUAUAUCAAUGUUACACCAAUAAGCAACUAAUCCAUAAGUACCUCCAGGCGCAUAGUCACAACACGUUUAUUCGACAUCUAUCCACAUUUCGUACACUUAACCAGGCGAUAAAGGGUAAUUCUUCGUCGACUUCAAAAGGUACUAACGUUAAUGGCGAUGGAAAGGACAAGAAACAAACCGAGCAGUCAAAGUCAACAACAACUAAGCAUGACACAGCAACCACCACCAGUCGACCAAGUCUCAACGUACUAAACAAUGAAUUGAAUAGUUCAAUAAUACCGGGCGAGGCCAAGGUGAUACCUGAAGGUUCAAACAAGGAUGAUUUCUUAACCGAGAUUUUUGACAACUUGGAGCCAUAUAUUGAUACAUAUGAAGUGUUUAAACGUCUCACAGGAGCUGGAUUUACCGAAGCACAAGCUGAUAUGAUAAUCAAGUUACUAAUAUACCAGUUGAAUUCAAAGCUAUCGAAAUUGUCAACAAUAUAUGCGCAAAAACAUGAGAUGGAAAGUGAACAGUAUUUAUUUGAGAGUGCUCAACAAGAAAUUUUGGUUGAUAUAACUCGAAGCAGAGAGCAACAUGUUAAUGAAUUGAUUACCUUGGUGAACAUUUUGGAACGAGAUUUCAACAUUAUUUCUGAUGAAUUAAACAAUGAUAAUUUAAAACUUCGUAAUGAUUCAAAAGUGGCAAUCCAUGAACAAAAAUCGGAAAACACAUUGAAUGUAAAGAAAUUGUUUUUAAGAAUCCAAGAAACAAAUCACAAGAUCACUACUGAGCUAAAUUCUGCAAUCAGAUCAGAAAUUGAGAGUUUGCGAUGGUAUUUAUCGCGAUGGGGGUUGAUUACAUUGUUGGUCUCAUUGUUUCUUGCCAGUUUGAUCUUUUUCAGCAACAAGUUCAAGAAUGAAAAGAAUGAAGCAAAAAAGGAGUUUGUUCCCUUGGUUAUUCGCGAACCUAGCGAAUACGAUGAGGAUGAUUAUCAUACUGAUUUAGAUAGAUCUAGUGUAGAAUAA